AUGCUCUAUCGUUCAAUAACAAGCAAAGAUGUGGCAACAUUACCACAACCUGGUUUAAAUUUAGCUGAAUCAAUAAAAUUUAAUCCCGAUGAUACUCUUUUAACUUAUCUUCGUUCACCAAAUCAAACAUUAACAAGACAAAUUUAUGCAUAUAAUAUUCAGACAGAAAAAGAAUUUGUUUAUGCUGAACCUAAUAUAGGUCAUGGAAAAACAGACGAAAAUCUUUCAAUGGAAGAAAAAUUACGACGUGAACGUCAACGUCAGUUAAUCACUGGAAUAACUCGUUAUCAAUGGGCUAAAAAUAAAACUCGACCAUUAAUGCUUAUACCUAUUGGUAGUGAUCUAUAUGUUCAUGAUAGUAAAGAACUGCGUCUUUUGGUCAAUGGAACUAAUCAACCACCAAUUCUUGAUCCAAGACUUUCACCUGAUGGUUCAUUGGUUGGAUAUGUUCAAGACUGUGAACUUUAUUGUGUAUCAACAAUAGAAACAUCUCCACAACCACGUCAAUUAACAUUUGAUGCACGUGGUCAACCAAAUAAAACAAAUGGUCUUGCAGAAUUUAUUGCUCAAGAAGAAAUGAAUCGCAGUGAAGGCUUUUGGUGGUCAGAUGAUUCGCGUUUUAUUGCAUUCACUCAAGUCGAUGAAUCAAAUGUGCCAAUAUUUCGUAUUUCACAUUCCGGUUCUGAUGAUCCUGAUCAAGAUGAAGAACAUCGAUAUCCAUUUACUGGUAAAUCCAAUGUAAAAGUUACUGUUGGUAUUAUUGAUCUAAAAGAUAAUAAUAAAACAACACCUACUAUUCAUUGGAUUGAUUUAAGUUCAUUUCAUGAUUAUUAUAUAGCACGUAUAAAGUUUUUUCUUGAUAAUAGUCUUGCUUUACAAAUUGAAAAUCGUCAACAAACAAAAUUACAAUUAUAUCAAUAUGAUUUUUUAAAUAAAAAACUUUUAAAAUUAUUAAUUGAAGAAACAAGUCAAUCAUGGAUUAAUUUACAUGAUUUAUUUUAUACAUUGAAAAAAACAUCAACACAAUUUAUAUGGGCUAGUGAACGAACUGGUUUUAUGCACUUAGAAUUACAUGAUUUAAAUACUGGAAAAUUAAUAAAAUCAUUAACAAAUGGUGAUUGGGUUGUACAACGUAUUAUUGAUAUUGAUGAAGAUAAUUCAAUUAUUUAUUUUCUUGCUAAUCGUGAAACACCAUUAGAAGUACAUCUUUACAGUGUUAAUUAUAAUGAUGAUAUAUCAAAAAUAGAUCGUAUUACACAAGAAGCUGGUUGUCAUGUUGUUUAUUGUUUUAAUCGAACAUAUGAAUAUUGUAUAACACAAUGGAAUUCAAUAGAUCAAUAUCCAAUUGUAAGAAUGUUAGAUGUUAAAAAGAAAAAAAUUAUUAAAAAUUUAGAUCAUUUACAACAAGGACAAUUACAAAUCAUAGAACAAUUUCAUCUUGUUAAACCUCAAUUAAUAAAAAUACAAAAUAGAAAUAAUGAUACACUUUAUUGUGCAGUUUAUAAACCUGAUGAUGAACAAGGAAAAUAUCAAAGACCAUAUCCAACACUUGUAUCAGUUUAUGGUGGACCUCAUCUUCAACGUGUAAUAAAUUCUUGGUCGCUUCGUGCAGAUAUGCGUUGUCAACGUUUAGUUGAAUCUGGUUAUGUUGUAUUACGUUUAGAUAAUCGUGGUAGUCCCAACCGAGGAUUAGCUUUUGAAAGUGCUAUUAGAUAUGAUAUGGGAAAUUUAGAACUUGAAGAUCAAGUUGAUGGUAUAAAUUANAAUGUAAUAAAUUCUUGGUCGCUUCGUGCAGAUAUGCGUUGUCAACGUUUAGUUGAAUCUGGUUAUGUUGUAUUACGUUUAGAUAAUCGUGGUAGUCCCAACCGAGGAUUAGCUUUUGAAAGUGCUAUUAGAUAUGAUAUGGGAAAUUUAGAACUUGAAGAUCAAGUUGAUGGUAUAAAUUAUCUUAUAAAACAAGGUAUUACAGAUAAAGCACGUGUUGGUAUAUAUGGUUGGUCUUAUGGUGGUUAUAUGUCUGCUAUGGCGUUAGUUCGUCAAAGUGAAGUUUUUAAAUUAGGAAUAGCUGGUGCACCAGUUACACAUUGGGAUGGAUAUGAUACUCAUUAUACGGAACGAUAUAUGGGCACACCAGAAUACAAUCCUCUUGGAUAUGUUGUGUCAAGUGUAAUGCAUCAUAUAAGUAAUUUAACAGGUCAUUUAAUGAUAAUACAUGGUUUAAUUGAUGAAAAUGUUCAUUUUCGUCAUUCAGCUCGUCUUAUAAAUGCACUUAUACGAGCAAAUAAAUCUUAUGAACUUAUUCUUUUUCCUGAUGAACGGCAUAUGCCAAGAAAACUUGAUGAAAGAAUUUAUAUGGAAGAUCGGAUAUUUGAAUUUAUUAGGAAAAGCUUAUAG